CCGACUAAAGGAAGUCAUAGACCAUAUCAAAGAUGGCAGCGCCCAUACAGUAAUUGUUAAAAACUGAAACAUUACUUAUUGUGAAACAAUGUCAUGUUAGAGCUACAGACAUGGCUAGCUUUAGAGAUAAGUUGAGGAAACCCGGACCCAUUCAGAAGUUUGAUGACACAGACCUGUCAGAAUGUCAGGAGUCGUCCGAUGGCUCGAUGUCUGGCUCCAAAUCAAAGGCCAUCCUUCCACGCUCAGUGCCCAAUCACCUACUGCUAAUAUCCACCCUCGAGCAGCUCUGCCAGAUGUACAGCAAGAACUCCAAACAAGCACAGGACAUGUUCAAAUUGUUGUGUGAGCAGCUAGUACGCCUGGAGGUUGUGUCGCCCCUGAUGGCACUGGAUGAAAUGAGCAGUCUGCGCACCCAGUACCGCUACAGUGUCCAUAGGAUGCUUAUGGCUGCUGUUCACAAAACAAAAGAGGUUGGUUUGACGUUACCUCUGCCUGCCACCAGCGGCUAUUUACAAAACGGAGUGCCUCCCAUUAAUAGUAUCCCUCGUCAGCCAGACUGUGACCCAGAGUUCUACUCUAACCAGGCAUCACGCUACAAGACCGAGUUUGUGGAGCUUAAAAAAAUUGGCCGGGGCGGCUUUGGUUCUGUGUACAAGAGUAAGAACAAGCUGGAUGGCAAGCUGUACGCUGUUAAAGUCGUCAAGUUCAAACAAUGUAAGCCAGAGAAUAUCUUCAGGGUGUUACGAGAAGUGAAAGCCCUGGCUAACCUACAGCACACAAACAUAGUGGGCUACAACUCCUGCUGGCUGGAGUAUGGUGCUUCCCUUGGCAUGGACAAGAAAUCAUCCCAGCUUUCCUUUACAAACCAGGAUAUCCACAGCCAUUCCUCCUCAGAUGAUGCCAUUAUCUUCGAGUCGGAAGCUGACACACUGGACUACCUCCACCCUGCAGUCCCCAUUGUGUCUGGCGUGAAGAUUAAGGAGAUCCGCUCAAACUGCUCAAGUCUCGCCACUUCUCCACAGGACAAUGAUCUCUCACCGCCUAAGGCAACAGGCUUGCUGUAUUCAAAAUUCAACAUAAAAGAGACUUGUGUUGACUCAAACAAAUGUGCUGUUGUGUCUUACUCACGUUCAGAAUUCCAAAAAUCAGUACUAGUGGAGAGGUCAUCAAACUUUAGUGAGGAAUUUGGUGAUUACAGCCAAACGUCGGAUGUCAAGUUCGGUCUUGAUUCUGAUGAGGAUUAUGAUCUAGAAACAGACGGAAGUGCUAGCCCUAAUAGGACCAAGCAAAGGAACCCAAAAGCCUUCCAGCGCAGCAUCAGUCUUGACCCUUUAGCCUCAGGGGAGGUGAUUCCUAAAGGGGGACCAGGAUUCAAGGAUUUCAAGGAGAGUGACUUCCCCUUAAAGAGGUCAGUGACACUGUACAUUCAGAUGGAGCUUUGCAGCCUCACCCUUAAGGAUUGGAUGACAGAACGCAACGACCGACCCUGUGACAUGAUAAAAUACACUGAUAAAAAUAUGAAAAUAUUCAGGCAAAUUCUAAAAGCUGUUGAGUAUAUGCACAGCCAAGGUGUCAUGCAUAGGGACUUAAAGCCAAGAAACAUUUUUCUUAUGGAGAAUGAGAGUUGCGUCAAGGUUGGGGACUUUGGUCUGGCUACUGAAGACAUUGAUGUGUGUAGUCCAGAUCAGGGUCAAUCUUUUCAAGAUUGGGAGGCAAUGUCAACGAGGUUGGUUCGCACAGCAAGCAUGCUGUCGGACCACACCUCAGGGGUCGGAACAUCAACAUACGCCGCCCCAGAGCAGCUUCAAAGCUCUGUGUACAAUACCAAAUGUGAUAUCUACAGUCUCGGGGUGAUCCUGUUUGAACUGUUUCAAAAAUAUGAUACAGAGAUGGAAAGACACAUCAGUCUCUGUGGUCUCAGAAAGGGAAUCAUUCCUGCCAUCAUAAAUCAAAACUGGCCAGUACAGACGAAAUAUAUUAAGCUCGCGACUUGCGAAAAUCCAGAGAUUAGACCAUCAGCCAAGGAAAUGUUGAACAGUGAAUUAUUUAUCAGUAAAGAUCAAAUAAUUGAAAAUCUGAAACACAGGGAAGAAAAACACAUGAAAGAAAUAGCAGAACUGCGAGCACAACUGAAAGAGAAAGAUGGAAUAAUACGCAAACUGGAGGAAACAUUGUUCGAUUGCAAGCUGCCAUGUGCAGAUUCCAUGACUUGAUGAUGGUCAUCAUAGUAUUGUUAAAGGACAACAUUUGUCUUAAAAAGUCUUCAAGUGAAUCUCUCUUAAAUAUCUUUGCAUUCCCAACAAAAAUAUUGGCAUGUGCCAAAUUAUUGAUGAUUUUGAACCAGUGUGACCAAUUUCGAAUAUUUUGUUUAAAUCAUCAGCCAUGGCAUAUUUGUGAGCCUACAACAUCUUUCAAAAUUAAAUUAUUACAAUUUUACUGGGCAAGUGCAGCAGCAUAAUUCCAGACACUUUUUAAAUAUAUCAAUCACUGUAUGAGUUUUUGAAAUUUCAAAUUUGUUUUCUUCUUAAUACUUAUAUUCAUGAAAUAAGAAAGAAAAUGCUGCAAUAGUUUAUUCCUAGCCAAAGAAGUUACCAAUGCAGCAAAGUGCCUAAAUACAGUUUUUAUUAAAUUAUUAUUAUGCUUAAAACUGUUUCAUUAUAGUUUGCAAAUACUCAUUUACAGAUGUUAAUAUUCAGUAACAGUGUACAAAACAUAUUGUAUUCCAACAAUUCAAAUAUAUAGAGAUUGAUAACUUGUUUUUGUUAUUCUUGCAAAAUAAAAAAUGAUUGAAAUUAUAUUAUAUUAGACAAAAACUUAAAAUUUUGUCCUAAGAAUGCAUGUGGCUUGAGUUUUAUAACCAAGCCUUACUUACAGAUCUGUAAUUCACCUCCCGGGGCCCAAUUUCUUGAAAUAUCUCAAUUCCCUUAAAAAUAGGAUCAGGCAAAGCCCACUGUUUAUGUGUUGGUAUAAAUUGCUCUAUUGUCUCCUUUUAAAGAGUUUUGAGACUGUGAGAAAAUUUAAAAUAUGCUCAUGAUUACGGUUACUAUGUUUUGGCUUAUAAAAUCAAGUUUAAGCUAGUAAUUUGGCUAUAUGUAAUAUGAUCCAUAACGCCUAUUACGCCGGAGAGAUUUUGGGCCAGGGAUUUGUACCACAAUGUUUGAUAUUCCAUGUUGAACUGUUCACCAUAUAUCAUUGUGUUGUCCCUAUUCCUCCCAUGAGCUGUGAUGUAUUGAGAAACAAGGUUGAAAUUAAAAUGCUACUGGUUUGUACUUUAUGCUGAUAUACAUUGUUUUGUUUCAAACUAUUGUGUGAUUUAAGUUCAGUCAAUUGGCAUUUAAUUAUAUAUGUAUUGUUGUUGUUACUGGUUUGAUUGAAUACUUUGA